AUGGAGAAUAACCUGGUACUCAAGACGGACAACAAUGACUCAGAUGGUGAGGAUGAUGAUAUGGCCUACCUGACAAAAAGGUUUCAGAAAAUGGUUCGCAGAAAUGGAGGCAUUCCAAAAAGGGGCAGCUCCAGCCAGACAAAAGCAACUAAGAGGAACCAGGUUCCUGACAAACAACUCAAGAGAAAAGAUGCCACUGACAAUAUUGUGAAACAAGCCCUUACUGCAUGGGGAGACUCUUCCAGCGAAUCUGAAGAAGAUGAUGAUCAAGCAAAAUCUGACAAUGAUGAAGAUGACGAUGAUGAUGAUGAGGUACACUUCUUAGAUGUUCAAAGAAAUCUAAAGUCUUAUUCUCCGAAAAAACUUAUGUCUUUGGCAAAUGUUUUAAUUGAUGCGUAUCAUAGUCUUAUAAAUGAUAAAGAUGUCUUAACUAUGGAACUGAGAGAAGUAGCACAGUCGAGAGAUGAUCUAGUAGUUGUGGUGGUAGAUUUAAAGGAAACCAUUGAGAGUCUGAAGAAAGAAAAGAUGCCUUAA